AUGACGUCACACACUAAUAAUCAACGGGUAAUAAAAGUUCUCGACUUCACUGUACCAGUUCAAGAAGAUGGAACAUUUUAUAUAUACGUAAUCUAUCAACACGACAAGGUCGUGCUACAAGAAUACCCAGCGUUCUAUUACGAUGGAACGCCAGGUGGCUUGCCAUUUGGUACAGUGAUUAAAAACGAAGACAACCGAACUAUAGGGUAUGUGAUCGGACAUCACUUAAAUUAUUAUCCUAUAACGACGAUGAAAGACAACUUAUUACAUUGCGGUAGAUAUGGACUGCACAAGCUAGUCGGUCAUGGUGGAAAACUAGAGUAUCGAGAUCAAGAGUAUACAGUGGAAGAAUUUAAGAAAAAGUUUCCCAGAAUAGCAAAACAAGAUGUACAAUGUUUUGUUUAUGCAUAACGUACCUCAAAAUAAAGAUAGAUAAACUCCUUACAGCGUAU